AUGACCAUGAGGCCAUGUGGCUUGGCCAACGCAGGCUGGGCUUCUGCCCGUCUCGCGGCAAAGGGCGCGCCGGUGCUGGGCGUGCCGGACGCGGUGCUGGUGGCGAAGCUGCCAGAUUUUUCUGCGCUGGGACUGGCCAGCAGUGCGCGGGCGGCUGCGAACUUGCUCAGGGAUGGCCAGCGCCUGUUGGCCGCCUUCUCCUGCUUCGAGCACGUCUGCACCGAGUGUGGGCCGCAGGGCGUGGCCAAUUCAGCCCGGACCUCUGCGGUGCUGCGGCUGAAGGAGGAGCCAGUGCUGCAGUGCCCGGCAGGCCAGGCUGCGACUUUGUCCUCGCAGCUCACCGCGCAGCACGCCGCCAACGUGCUGCGGGCCGGCGCCAAGUUGGCGCCGGACCUCGCGGCCCCAGCCGACGCGGCGCUGGCGGAGAAGUUGGAGGCGUCCAAUGGCCAGGGCCUGGCCAAUGGCGCUCGGGCCUUUGGCGCCGUGUCGCCCAAGAACGAGACUUCCACGGCCGCCCCGGCGGGCGUCGCCGCGCGAAAAGUCGCGGAACCUUCGCCGCAGAACGCGGCCAGCCUGGCGCGGGCGGCCGCCAAAUCGACCUCUCCCAGCCCUUCGCUGCUGUUUGCGCCCGCCCGCCGCACGUUGGCCACGCUGCAGCAGCUCGCGGCGCGGCACGCGGCCAACGCCGCGCGGAGGUCCGCGGCGGCGCAUCUUCGGGGCGAGCAGCUGCUGGAAGCCACCGCGGCGCGGGGCAGGGAGCUGCUGGCCACUUGCGCCGCCGACUUCUCCGCGCAGGACGUCUCCACCGCGGCGCGAGGCUUCGGCGUCUUCGCGCUUCGCGGCGCGAAUUCGAUGGAGGCGUUGGUGGAGAUGGCGCUGCAGAAGGAGCUGGAGGUGCGGAAUGCAACCAACCUGGUUCGGGCGGUCGCAAAGAUGAAGCGGGAGGACACGCGGCUUUUAUCCCUGCUGCAGGUGCAGCGGAUGGGUGAGCACACACCGCAGGACGCCAGCAACACACUGCGGGCUCUCGCCGCGCUGCUGCUUUCAUCGGAGCUCGUGGUGGGCGAGACGUGCGCAGCUUGCGCACAGAAGAGCUUUGCGUGCGAGCCCAAGCUCCAGGAGCCGUCCAACGCCAUGCGGGCGCCAGCUAAGCUCCGGGCGGACAAGCGGCCGCCGCCUGAAAUGUCCGGCUCCGCCUUCUUGGCGCGGCUGGCGGAGGCCAAUGCGCAGGACCCCGCCAGCUUUGCGCGGGCCUCGGCCGCCCAAGCGCCUCGCUUCGAGCCGCCGCUGCGCGGAACCGCGGCGCUGCUGGGGGCACCGGAGAGAAGCGCGGCAUCUGCGCCGCAGGAUGUGGGCAACGCCUUGCGGGCGCCUGCCACGCUGGAGGUGCCUGGCGCUCCCGCGCUGGCAUCACCAGGCGCCCGCUUUGUCUGCGUGGUGAAGGAAUGCGGGCCUCAGGACACCGGCAAUGCGGUCCGGAGCUUUGCCACGUUGUUAGCCUUCCAUGGGCCGGUGAUGCAGGCCGCCUCCACUGCGAGUCAUUCGCGAUCGAAGGCGCUUUCACUGCAGAACUCCGCCAACGUCGGGCGGAGCUUUGGGCAGUUGGCUGCGUUGGGCAGGGCUCCGCUAGGAUCCUUGGGCGACGGCUUCCGCGAACGGAUGGACAUUGAGCCCUGCAACCUGCAAAACUUCGCCGCCAUGUCGCGGGCCUUUGCCGCUCUCCAGCUGCAAGCCGCCUUCCGGGAGCUGCUCGAAUCGGAGAAAGCCGGCGCGCUGGCCCGUUGGCUGGAGGACUUCGGCCAGGAGGUGGCCAACUUGGUGUGGGCCUGCGGCAGCACACAGGCGAUCCGCUGGCCCUUGAUGGAGGCGGCCGCCAGGUCCGUGUGCCAAGCGCCAAGUACGCUGCAGCCGCAAGAGCCGGCCAACCUGGCGCGAGGGCCCGGCAAGACCUUCUUCCAGGAUGUGCCGCUGAUGGAAGCGCCUGCUGAUGCUGCACUUGCCAAGGUGGAGGAUUUCGGGCCGCAGGGCCCGGCCAACUUGGCCUGGGCCUUCAGUGCCUGCGCCGUGCGCCCCGAGACGUGUUUGGAGGCCACCCGUCGCCAAUUUCAUCGCCUCAAACCGACAUCGCUGGACGCCCAGGACACCUCGAACCUCUUGCGGUCCCUUGCCACCCUGGAGCCCGGCGGCGAAGCAGAUGAGGCGUUGAGUCAGGCCAUCUUCGACACAUUGGGCCAGCUCCUUCCACAGAACAUCGCCAACAGCAUGCGGGCCCUGGCCACCAUGAGCAAGCGUCGAAGGCGGCUGACGGGAGCGCUGGUCUCGGCGGCCAAGGGGUGUCUUACUCCCACCACGGCACCGCAGAACACUUCGAACGUUGGCCGAGCUUUGGCUACUGUCCAGCCCUUGGAGGAGGCCUCAAUGGACGACUCGGCCGCCAACUUCCUCGCGACCGGAGCGACGGAGCUGGACCCGCAGGGCGUGACCAACCUGGCGCGGAGGUCUGCUCAGCUGGUGACCGUCCGCGCGCCUCUGAUGGCUUUAGCCGGCGAUUCCGUGUUCAAGUUCCUGCAGGGCCGACAGCUCGAGGGUCAGCACCCGGCCAACAGCGCGCGGGCGCUCGCGCGGCUCAAGGCGGAGGUGCCGCUGUUGGGAGCUGUUGCAGAACUGGAGCUGCCAAGCCUCAGCAUGCAGAGCUGUGUGGACCUCCAUUGGUCCAUGACCGUUUUCGGCCUCGCGCCAAAAGAUCCAUCGAUGUCGACGGCGGCGAUGGGUUUGGUGGAGGCUUUGGGGGCCGCGCUGGUGAGGGACGUUGAAGACUACGCGCAACUCAUACAGGAGCACCAGGUGUUGAACCUCCGGUCCUUCACUUGGCCGCUGCUGUCGAGCCUCGGCGUGCCGAGUCCCUCGGGCGGCGCCUUUGCUGCGCGGGCGCGCGAGGCCUUGCGCGCCAGGUUCGGGUUUAGAUCUUCGGACAGCCGGGUCUUCGCAUACCUGGAAUACGUCCUGGUGCCGCUGGAGCGUGGCGAGGUUAGGCGACAGGAGGAGAUCUCUGGGGUGCUGGCGUACGAGUCCGGGUACACGGCAGACGAAGCGCCCUCAUUCGAAGCGCCGCUUGUUGCACUGCAGCUGCCGAACUCGCGGCACGUGCGUCGAGAGCUGUGCGCGGAGUUCCAGGGGCUAAAGGCGCUGUGCCGGCUCCUGGCGCCUUGGGAGUCGGCUGCGGGGGUGGUGUCCGUGUUCACCAGCAUCAGCCCCUGCCUCUCCUGCGUGAGUGCGCUAUGGCAGUUCCGGCUCCGAUUCCCGGAAGUCUCGCUCGACGCCUGUGACGAUCAGCUGCAAGCCCUUCGUGCCCUGCGCCUGGCUGGCUUGCACGAGGAGGUUCUAACUUUGUGCCUAGAGUCCGAGCUUACCUGCUCGGAAGCCUAUGGCGAGCGGAUCGCUUCCAUGCAGGCCCUGGGCAUGAACGCGGAGGCCCUGGACCUCUUGGGUGAGAUGAGGAACCGGGAGCUACAGCCGGACCUGUCGUGCUACAACCAGCUCCUGAGAUUUCACGCGCAGAACAGGUCCACGGACCAGGCGCUGCGGCUUCUGAACGCUCUGCGCGCCGAGCGCCUCACGCCCGACCAGCAUACCUACGACUUUGCCCUGGGCGCCUGCAAGAGCCGGAAACAAUGGGAGAACAUCAUUCACCUGCUGGACCAGAUGAAGGAGGACAAGGUGAAGCUUAACGAGUCGAGCUACCGGACGGUGAUGCAUGGCUUGUCCUACUCACCGCACCACCAGCGGUGCCUGGAGCUCUACUUUGAGAUGCGCGAGAACGGCAUCUCUCCUCAAGAGCCUCACCUUUGCGCGCUGCUUCGGGCGCUCUUCGGUGAGGAGGGUCAGAAGAGAGACCAGGACAAGGGCCUGGAGGUGUUUCAGAGCCUGGUGGAUGACAGCAGUGUGAAGUUGUCGCAGGUGCACUUCGAUCAGGCCAUUUCAGUGUGCGAGAAGGCCGGGCGGUGGCGUGGCAUCCUGGCCCUGGCCACUGCCAUGGCCGGGCGGAACCUCAACCCCCACUCCAUGACCUGCAACGCCGUGCUCAAGGCCUGCGUGCAGCUGGGGAAGUGGGAUGUGGCGCUGAAGCUGCUGGGGACCAUGGACCGCGACGGCACCGACCUGGACCGCAUCGCCUACCUCACCGUGCUUGUUGCCUGCGCAAGGGCGCGGCAAUGGGAGGAGGUCCUGCGACUCUACGCGGAGGUGCAGGAGAAUUUGAGAUCCGAGCCGGGAGGUUUUUCAUGUGGUUUGAGGUAA